CUGCAGACCAACGCCCGCAACCGCCUCACGGGCAUUAAGAACGACGGGGAUUUCGGACAUAAGGCCAAAUCCAACGUGGCCUACAAAGGAGCUGGCCAGAUGCCGAAAGAAGAUGAUGUCCGGAAACUGCGUAUUUUUAUCGACAAAAAGUACGAAACAGUUAUCCUGCCCAUCUUCGGCCACCCGACACCAUUUCAUAUCAGCACGCUGAAAAACGUCUCUACUUCUAUCGAGGCCGAUUACACCUAUCUACGUAUCAACUUUCAUCAUCCCGGAGCUGUGGUUGGUCCCAAGGAUGCCUCCAUGUUUCCGAACCCGCAGUCUACCUUUCUGAAAGAGAUGACCUACCGUGCCUCUAACCAGCGUCACCACGGUGACGUUGCUUCUCCGUCCACUAACUUGAACAAUGCCUACCGCAUAAUCAAGGAGGUUCUGAAAAAGUUUCGUUCUCGUGAAGCUGAGGAGCGCGAGAGGGCGAAUCUGGUCGAGCAGGACGUCCUUGUGGUUGAUCCUGUCAAGAGUCCUUUCCGUCUUCGGGAUCUCUACAUUCGACCAAACAUUGUAACGAAACGAAUUACGGGCACUUUGGAGGCCCACAGUAACGGUUUCCGCUUUACGUCGAUCCGUGGAGACAAAGUGGACAUCCUGUACAACAACAUAAAACACUCCUUUUAUCAACCGUGUGACGGUGAAAUGAUCAUUCUCUUGCACUUCCACCUCAAGAAUGCCAUCAUGUAUGGCAAGAAGAAACAGACAGACAUCCAGUUCUACACCGAAGUCGGCGAACUGACAACUGAUCUUGGCAAGACACACUCGCGUAUGCACGACCGAGACGAUCUGGAGGCGGAACAGCGCGAACGCGAGAUGCGUGAGCAGAUAAAGAAUGCAUUUAAGUCCUUUGUCGAUCGCGCAGAGGCCUUGGCCAAGCGUUACAAUCUGGAGUUCGAAAUACCCUUCCGCGACCUUGGUUUCUUUGGCUGUCCUCUCAGGUUAGUUUUUUUGUCGACAACUCUGGGCAGUGUGUGCUGCGGCGGCGGCGGCAGAUAA